UUACGUCUAGUUCUGAUUCUUUACUACACGGAACAAUCUAAUGUGUUCGGUUCUGCUACCCGUCCGUUUAUUUAUCUGUCUGUGGUUUAUAGUGUUGAGAUUAAACCUCACGCCCGAGUCUCAGAUUGUGUUUUAGCUCGUUUGCGAACAGCUGCGUUUGACACGUGUUUUGUUUGCGUUGAAACGACAGGUCACGUGAUGCCGCAGGUGACGGGACCGAUGCUGCUUCAGCUCGCGCUGCUCCUGUGCGCUUUGCCCGCACAGUAUCUCAUAAUGGAGUGGACCAGCGGGACCGUAGCACAACGCAGACUGGCAACUCAGGGAAUACUAGACACAUGGAAAAUCACGAGGAUGUCAUAUCUGAACAUGACCGUUUGGGUCGACUGGAUCGCUUCUUGGAUGCCCAAAUUUCCAGUGCUGGGAGCGGAAGAGGAGCUGGAGAUGAUCCGAGCAGAUAUCAUGGUCCUGGAGGUUCUGAUGCGCAGUAAUAACCAAGGCUACUUUGCAGCUUCAGAGGUGCCACGCAGUCCCAGGCCGGAGUAUGUGCUGCAUCGAGUAGGAGAGGUCGUCAUGGAGAUGGACAAUCACAUGGUGGGGGUGAUAGUAGGCUGGGACGAAGGACUUCGGGUUCCUCCAGAGUGGUUAAGGAGGAAGAAAUACACCAACUCUGAGCUAAAGAGAAUGGAGAACACCCCACACUACAAAAUUUUGUUCAGUGGACCUGAUGAAUCCUCUAUGAUGAUUGGAUACCUGCCCCAGAAUAUACUCCAGCUCAUCGAGGGAUACAGGAUAUCCCCACCCUAGAGGACUAUUUCUCCCACUUUAACGGGAAAAAAUUUGUGAUGCUCGACUGGCUGAACGCACUUUACCCAGAAGACUGAGAGAGAAACAGAGACGGACACACCGGCACGUCGGAUCGAGUUGACAAGUCGACGUAUCGCGGAGGUGUGGGAGUCGUUCUGCUGUGAAUAAGCACUUGUCACUUUAUGCGCAGCUCUCCUCAGUGUCAUUGCCUCUGAGUCUCCUGAUGGAGUCUGGAUGUGAUUUAAGCCAUGACUGUGUUUCAGCAUUUUUACAGUUAGGACUACAAAUUCAGGGAUGAUUAACACACAGAAAUAAAUCAGAGCUAACCACGCAGUGAGACGUUUUAUUGUUGCGUUAUUUAAAAGAUCGUGUUUGUUAGACAUACACGGGUAAUGAAUGUAAUUCAGGUCAUCAGGGUUUAUCCUCAGUAUUGUACAAUAGAUUUUUAACAUGCUUUUAAACAGUGUUUUCAAGAAAAUGUCUACUAGAAGUAAAACGAAUAAAUAACCAAACACCUGAGCUAA